AUGGUUUCUUCAUGUUAGUUUAUACAUUAACUAAUUUUAACUUAUGAACCUUAUUGUAAAGUGUUACCAGUGAAACUAAAUAUAUUUUCAAGUUCAAAAAUAUAUUUAAUUAAGCUUUAUUUUCUAGAAAAUGUAUUUAGCAUAUAUUUAGCAAGUAUUUUUGUCCAGAGAAAUAUAUUUUUGCUUUAUGGGACAUGUCAGGCACAAGCUCCUCAAGCGGAAGAUAAUCGCUUCAUGAAUUUGCUUAAUAAGAUUAUGUUUACUUAAUAUUUUGUUGUGAUGUAACUGUUUUAUGAAAGCAAUAAGGCACUGGGAGACCUGCGAGCUUGAAAGAGAUUUAAUGCUUGUGACAUUUGUAGGGUCCGUUUUCCAGACAGGGUUUAGAUUGAUGAGGACUAGGCCUUAGUUUUUACAAACCUAACUUACAAAAAUCAAUACUGGUGUGCAUCUUAAAGCAAAGCAAUGGCCCUAUAUAUGUUAAGAUAUGUCAGUGCAAGAUGUUUUUAAAUUAAGGCCACUCAAACAUGCAUUUUAGUCUAAGUGUUGUGUGUUUAUUAGAUUAUAAAGAGCAAAAGUUAAACCUUUCACCAAAGCUCAUGUAGCUCAACAUGAAAGAAUUUGACUGGUUCAAGAGUUCAAAUCCCAGAGAAAACACAUACUGAUAAAAUGCUGCUCAGUGGUUGCAUUAGCAGCGCAAAAUGGGUUCAAACCCAGGGAACACAAAAACUGAUAUAAAUGUAAUACCUCGUAAUGCACUGGAUAAAAGUGUCUGCCAAAUGCAUAAAUGUAAAUGCAUAUUUUGUAAUGUACUACAAGUCAGAAUGUAAAUAAAUAAAGUUUUCUUGUGUACAUGAGUGUCAUACAAGUUUGGAGGAUGAUGGGUUGAGUUUGAUGGAUGUGGUAAGGUGACAUGAGUGAAUGUGUCUUCAUAUAUCCAUGAGAGGAUUAGAUCAUCUUCAGUAGAUCCGGCCCGCAGCAGUAAUCUCGCUGACGGAGAACAAACCAUCCACUGACUACUGAGUGUUUCUGAGAUGGGCGGUGUCACAGGUUACAAAUACGGCCCUUGAAAACCAUCAUCCACUUUAUCUGGACCCGCAUCAUAUCUACAUCUCAACACAUACAGGAGUCACAAUGAGUCCAAAACAAAUUAUUUACAAGAAACUCUCAAGGGACAAAUCUGUUGGUGUGUACAUGGGGAAACGGGAUUUUGUGGACCACUGCGACUUUGUUGAUCCUGUUGAUGGUGUGGUGUUGAUCGACCCAGAGCAGGUGAAGGGGAAAAAAGUGUACGUCAUGCUGUCCUGUACGUUCAGAUAUGGGCGUAAUGAUAUGGAUGUGUUGGGAUUGGCGUUCCGGAGGGACAUCUUCCUGUGCACUCGCCAGGUUUAUCCUCCUCUUCAGGAUAAGGAUCGCAACAUCCACAGCAAACUACAGGAGAAGAUCCUGCGCAAGCUCGGGAACAAUGCGUACCCCUUCUUCUUUGAGUUUCCUGAUAAUCUUCCGUGUUCUGUCGCUCUGCAUCCGGCUCCAACAGACCCGGGAAAGCAUUGUGCCGUGGAGUUUGAGGUAAAAGCGUUCUGUGCAGAAAAUCAAGAAGAAAAAGCUCAAAAGAGGAGUUCAGUACGUUUAGCCAUCAGAAAGAUUCAGUAUGCUCCAGACAGAGGUGGUCCGAAUCCAUCGGGCGAGACCACCUGUGAAUUUGUGAUGUCUGAUAAACCGCUCCACGUGCGUGUCAGUCUGGAGAAAGAGAUUUAUUACCAUGGGGAACCAAUCAACAUCAGCGUGGAUAUUGACAACAGUUCUAACAGGAAUGUGAAGGAUGUCUCAGUCUCAGUGGAGCAGAUCACUAAUGUGGUGCUUUACUCGAAUGACAAAUACAUCAAAACUGUGGCCUAUGACGAAACCUCAGACUCUGUGCCGUCUGGGACCAGUCUGAAGAAAGUUUACACUCUCUGUCCUCUAUUGGAGAUUAACCGUGAUAAACAUGGUCUGGCUGUUGAUGGGAAACUGAAGCAUGAGGACACUAAUCUGGCUUCCUCCAGCAUUGUAAAGGAUGAAGUUUUGAAAGAGAUUUUGGGCAUGCUGGUAGCUUACAGAGUGGUUGUAAAGUGUAACGCAUCGGGUAUGGUUGGAUCAAGUGAAGUUGCAGUUGAGGUUCCCUUUAAACUCAUGCAUCCCAAACCUGAUCCAGAGAGUGAAGACACAACUGAUCUUGUGUUUGAAGACUUUAAACGCUCCUUUCUGAAAGGGAUUGUCGGCGAUGAUGACGAAUCUCCAGCUGAGCCUUAAGAGAUUAUGGACGACUCAUAGACAGACACUUGCUUAUAAAAAUGAAAAGCAUUGAUGGACGUACGUUGAGGAUUUGUGAUUUAAUGCGAGAGCAGCCAGGCGGGAAUAUACACAGUAAAUAGUUAUGUGCAUAAAGCUUAAAAUAUUAACAUUACAAAUGUAAUGUUACUGAUAUAAACACUGACGUAUACGGAUAUCUUUCAUUUUCAUAAUGAAGUGUAUAGCAAAUAGCUUGCAGCGUCACU